AUGGCUGCCACCGCUGCCCCUUCUUUGAAGGCUGGCAGAGAAAAAAAGAAUUGGCUGAUCAACCUGCUGUAUGUUCGGCAGGAGUUCAAGGAAUGUAUGGAUGUAAUCGAAGAGCAGCUGCGAGAAUCAAACGGUAUGUGCGAAUAUGCCAUAUACGUCAAGGCGCUGAUUAAGCGGCAGGAGGGGCAGGUGCAGGAGUCUUUGCAGCUAUUUCAGGCGGCCACCUGCAUCAGCCCUUUGAAUGUGUACAACCUUAAACAGAUGGGUCGGAGCCUCUACCUGCUCGGUAAACAUCGCGGAGCAAUCGAGGUGUAUGACGAAGCACAGAAGAUUUCUCCUGAAGACUGGGAGAUCUGGCACAACAAAGGUCUAUGUCACAUGUAUCUCCGGCAGUAUGACAGCUCGAUAGACUGCUUCACCAAGGCCAAUGCCAUUCAACGGCACGACGUGACCUUCAUGCAGCUGGGAAAGGUGUAUGCUUUGCAAGAAGACUACAAGUCCGCCAUCGAUGUCUACACUGAGGCAUUAGAAUUUUCUCCCGAGCAUGCUGAGCUGUUGACCACGCUGGGCAUCCUCUACUUGCGGAUGGGCGAAAAUUUCAAAGCCUUUGACUACUUGGGCAAUGCGUUGACUCAUGACCCGAAGAAUGCCAAGACGAUUUUGGCAGCUGGGUCCAUCAUACAGGAUCAUUCAGACAUGGAUGUUGCGCUCAUCAAGUACCGGGUAGCAGCAGUCCACACGCCCAAUUCCGCUCAACUCUGGAACAAUAUCGGUAUGUGCUUCUUCGGGAAGACGAAGUACGUGGCGGCAAUCGCCUGCCUGAAGCGUGCACUGUAUUUGGAUCCUUUCGAGUGGAUCAUCUCCUACAACCUUGGUCUAGUGCACCUGAACACGGGCCAGUUUGCCUCCGCAUUUCAUUUCUUCUCUGCUAGCAUCAAUCUCAAGCCUGACUUCCCAUCUUCCUACAUGUAUCUCGCAAUCACGCUCUCUCGCUUGGAUGACUUCUCAAAUGCUUGCAGCGCAUAUGAGAAGGCAAUCGAGAUGGACUCCGAUCACAUGUUUCAUCUGAACUUUGCGAUUACAUUAUUCAACCAUGGAGAUCUGACGGAGGCCAGAAGACAGUUCGUGCUGUUUAGCGAUCUGUUCCAGCAGCUGGACGAAGAGCAAAGAAACUCUGACCCAGAGGUCAAUGAACAACGACAGCUGCUGCAAAGAGUCUUGAACAGUGGCGCUAAAUAG